UAUAUUCUGUGAAAAAAGAAGAAAUAAAAGAAAAUUACUCAAUUUUUCAAAUAUUUAUCAAAAUGCAAACUGACAAUGAAUCUGAUUCAGAAAUUGAACUUGUGGAUUACACCACCACGACCAAAGAAACCAUUGAUAGCUCAUUGUUCCCUGCGCUUGAGCUCCCAUUUACAGCACAGGAUGUCAUCUCUAGGAUUGAGCAAGCACAGCUCUGUCGAGCCAGAGAGGACAUUAAUAUACAGCUGGGUGACAUAAUGCUCAAUGUACAGAAGGUAAUAAAUCGCUACACUGUUGAUGAGCAUGUGCACUCUGGAAGGAAAAUCUCAUUUGUAGAACAUAAGAAACGGAGAAUGAAUUUGCUGGAGAAAAUAGCUACCUAUGCAAAGGCUGCUGAAAAGAGAGAAAAGAUUCUUGUCUACAUCUUGGCCUGGCUGCAAGAAUGGAAUGCCAUUAUGUCUGAGAUGACUGAAAUUGAUAUUGAUGAACACCACCACUGGAUAGCACAAAUACAGAUUUUACCAGAAACAUUCAAAGCCAUUGAGAAUAACGUCAAGACACUGACUAGAAUUAGUUCAUCUUUGAUGGAAGAAAAGAAGAAACAAAAGAGAAAACUAACAUCUAGAAGUAUUCUAUGGAAAUCUUGGAAAGACAGAGUUAUAAAGCGACCUGCAACAGCCCAUGCUUUAAGACCAGAUCAGAUGAUUAGCGAUGAAUUUGCAACAAAUAUCAAGGUUUCAGAAAUCCAAGAUAUGCUACAGGAACUCAUAGGCACUGCAAUGUUCAACAAAUUGGAAAACAAUGCUAUUAAAUAUAUAUCAUCAACAAUAGCAAACCUUUCUACAGCUUUGAGUAGAGUAAAUGAGGAAGUAAAAUUUUUUAACUUUCAAACUGCCAAUAUGUAUACAAGUGAGCUAAGUGAAAGACAAAAGGAGCUCUCCCUGAAGAUAAUACAAGAUCUCAGUGAAAAAAAUGAAAUACUUCAGCAGCAACUUCAAGAAACAGAACAAAAAUAUGAACAAUUUAUUCGAUCUAAAGGUGUGGUAGAACAGCAAGUAUAUACAGCAUUACCCACAUCAACCUUGAAAGUGUUACCGGAGCCUUCUCCACAAUCAUCUACAGUCAUUAGCAAAGUUGAUAUAGAAGACAGAAUGGACAAUAUUUUGGCCAAAGAAUUUGAAAAUGUUGUAGAUGAUGUCCAAAGAACAGGGACAAAAGCCUCAGCGAUCAAGUGGGACUCAACUAUUUCACAUACAGGCCAAGUUGAGAUGACUUCAGAUUUAACUGAACAGCAACAGCAUUUACCUGGAAAAAAAAAGAAAAAGUCUCCUGAAGAUGUUACUGAAGAUAAGAUAUCACUGAAGAAAGGUGAUGUCUAUCAGAAAGAUGGGACUGACCUGUAUCAAUCACAGAAAAGAAAGCACACAAGAGGCUCAUCCAUGCAUGAGACCUCUGGAUCAAAUCUGAGUGAUGAUAAAGGUAAAUACAAAGACUUGGAGACCAAACUUGAUCACCACUCUGAACUGCAAGCACUGGAAAAGAAGAAGAAAGAAGGAAAAUCCUCUUUUGAAACCAAAUCAAAGUCACCCAUUGAAUCAAAAAGGCAACGUGUCCCUGAUGACUACCCUUCUACUAACACAAAUAUCAAAGGUGGCAAAAGUGGAACAAGUAGUAUGUGGGAUCAACCCAAGAAGGUCAAACCUGAACGCUCACUUGACAAAAGCCAAAUUUCUUCGGAGACUAAAGAGGAACCCACCACUGAGUCAAUGGACAAAAAGAGCAAACGUGAGAAGAGUAGUCAAGCAGAGCCAUCCAGGUUGACCCAACUUGGUUAUUCCUCUGAGAAAGUGAAAACAACAGGAAAGAAACAUCCAAUAUCUUUAGGAACCACCACAAGCAAAGAAGGAAUAAUUGAAGAGAAGGAUGUGUUAGUCAACAAGAAAGUCAAGUCUCAGGAACUUGUUAAAUCACGAUCUAGGACAACUAAAGAGACUUCAGAAUCUACCAGCGCUUUAGGAAGUCUAGAUGGCAAAAGUGAACAGAGUAACCUAGAAGAAUUUCAGAAAGCCAUAAUGGCUUUCCUAAAAGAGAAAAUUGAUAACAUAGGAAAGCCUUUGGAUAAAAAGACUGUGCCAAAAAAGGAGUCAUUAUUAAAAAGAGCAGAAGUUGAAAAAUUAGGAAUCAUAAAGGCAAAAAUGGAGGAAUAUUUCCAAAAUGUGGCUGAAACUGUGACAAAAAUCUUGAGAAAAUACAAAGAUAUAAAAAAUGCAGAACAAGUUGGAGAGAAACCUCUGAAACAAAGAAAGGUAGCCUCAUUUAUGCCAGGACUGCAUUUUCAGAAGCCAACUAGUGAAAAGUCUGAAAUUAGCACAUUACUCUCAGAUAAGAGCAUGGACCCAGUAAUUGGCAAUUUAAUACAAAUGAUCUUAACUGAAAUAGAAACCAAAAGAGAUGUUCCAGUAGACUCAAUAGGAGAGAGAGAUCACAAGGAGAAGGAAGAACAAAGGCAGGAGGAAUAUUUGCAAGAUGAUCAAGAAAAAAUUUUUGGUAUGAGUCUCAAAAACCAGUUGGAAGAAAGGAAUCUCUGGAAGAAGAGCCAUGAAAUGAUAAAUAAGGAUUUGGAGAAGGAAGAGGCAUGGCUCCAGAAGAAGGAGGGAAAGCAAGGGCAACAGGAGCAGAAACAGUGGCAGGAAGUAGAGGUGUGGAAGGAACAGCGAGAACAGAGGAUGCAAAAGCGGAUUAAGCAAGACAAGAAGCAAAAGCAAAGGGAAGAGGAGGAAGAAGAGCAUCAGAAGCCAAAGCAGCAGCAGCUGGAAGCACGGAAGCAAAAAAUGAAAGAGCAAGGGGUACCCUUGGAGAAGGACAAGGAACAGCAGACGAGGCAGGUUCAGAAGAAAGUGAGACAUCUGGAGGUGGAAGGCAGUUCAGAGAAAGAGCAGGGGGAGCAGAAGCCAAGGAGAAAGAUAAAGGACCAUGAAAGGCAGGAGCAGAAAAAAGCAAAGGAUCAGAUGAAGAUUAAGGAGAAAAGCUCUGAAGAACUAGAAAAGAUGUUCAGCCAAACUUCAGAGACGUCUCCCAAGUGGAAGAGCAUACAGAAAGACACAUCUCAGUUAUAUCAAAGAGAAGAGUUCCAUGGGAAUCUAAUGACAUUAGAUAUUCUUGCUGAUGGAAAGCACCCCACACCAAUCACUCCACCCGCCUCCACACAAUCUUCCUCACCUGGAGCCUUUCCUAUUUCUGGACAGUCUCCCAAAAAGUCUAUCACUCUUACCACUCAGCAGGCCCAGGCACUGGGGAUAAGUGUCACCCCUCAGCAGGCCCAGACACUGGGGAUCAGUCUCAGCCCUCAGCAGGCCCAGACACAGGGCAUCAGUCUCACCCCUCAGCAGGCCAAGACAAAGGGCAUCAGUCUCACCCCUCAGCAGGCCCAGACACAGGGCAUCAGUCUCACUCCUCAGAAGGCCCAGGCACUGGGGAUCAGUCUCACCCCUCAGCAGGCCAAGACACAAGGCAUCAGUCUCACCCCUCAGCAGGCCCAGACACAGGGCAUCAGUCUCACCCCUCAGCAAGCCCAGACACAGGGCAUCAGUCUCACCCCUCAGCAGGCCCAGACACAGGGCAUCAGUCUCACCCCUCAGCAGGCCCAAACACAGGGCAUCGGUCUCAGCCGUGAGCAGGCUCAGGCACUGGGAAUCGGUCUCACCCCUCAGCAGGCUCAGGCACUGGGCAUCACUCUCACCCCUGAGCAGGCCCAGACACUGGGGAUCAGUCUUACCCCUCAGCAGGCCCAGACACAGGGCAUCAGUCUCACCCCUCAGCAGGCCCAGACACAGGGCAUCGGUCUCAGCCCUGAGCAGGCUCAGGCACUGGGAAUCGGUCUCACCCCUCAGCAGGCUCAGGCACUGGGCAUCACUCUCACCCCUCAGCAGGCCCAGACACUGGGGAUCAGUCUCACCCCUCAGCAGGCCCAGACACAGGGCAUCACUCUCACCCCUCAGCAGGCUCAGACACUGGGGAUCACACUCACCCCUCAGCAGGCCCAGACAGAGGGCAUCAGUCUCAGCCCUGAGCAGGCUCAGGCACUGGGGAUUAGUCUCACCCCUCAGCAGGCCCAGACAGAGGGCAGUAGUCUCACCCCUCAGCAGGCUCAGGCACUGGGCAUCACUCUCACCCCUGAGCAGGCCCAGACACUGGGGAUCAGUCUUACCCCUCAGCAGGCUCAGGCACUGGGGAUCAGUCUCACCCAUGAGGAGGCCCAGGCACUGGGCAUCACUCUCACCCCUGAGCAGGCCCAGACACUGGGGAUCAGUCUCACCCCUGAGCAGGCCCAGGCACUGGGGAUCAGUCUUACCCCUCAGCAGGCUCAGGCACUGGGGAUCAGUCUCACCCAUGAGGAGGCCCAGGCACUGGGCAUCACUCUCACCCCUGAGCAGGCCCAGACACUGGGGAUCAGUCUCACCCCUCAGCAGGCCCAGUCACAGGGCAUCACUCUCACCCCUCAGCAGGCUCAGGCACUGGGGCUCAGUCUCACCCCUCAGCAGGCCCAGGCACUGGGGAUCAGUCUCAGCCCUCAGCAGGCCCGGGCACUGGGGAUCAGUCUCACCCCUGAGCAGACCCAGGCACUGGGCAUCACUCUCACCCCUGAGCAGGCCCAGACACUGGGGAUCAGUCUCACCCCUCAGCAGGCCCAGACACAGGGCAUCACUCUCACCCCUCAGCAGGCUCAGGCACUGGGGAUCAGUUUCACCCCUCAGCAGGCCCAGGCACUGGGGAUCAGUCUCAGCCCUCAGCAGGCUCAGGCACUGGGGAUCAGUCUCACCCCUGAGCAGGCCCAGACACAGGGCAUCAGUCUCGCCGCUGAGCAGACCCAGACACAGGGCAUCAGUCUCACCCCUGAGCAGGCCCAGACACUGGGUAUCAGCCUCACCCCUCAGCAGGCCCAGACACAGGGCAUCAGUCUCACCCCUCAGCAGGCCCAGACACAGGGCAUCAGUCUCACCCCUCAGCAGGCUCAGACACUGGGGAUCAGCCUCACCCCUCAGCAGGCCCAAGCACAGGGCAUCAGUCUCACCCCUCAGCAGGCACAGGCACUGGGGAUCAGUCUCACCCCUCAGCAGGCCCAAGCACAGGGCAUCAGUCUCACCCCUCAGCAGGCUCAGGCACUAGGGAUCAGUCUCACACCUCAGCAGGCCCAAGAACAGGGCAUCAGUCUCACCCCUGAGCAGGCCCAGGCACUGGGCAUCACUCUCACCCCUGAGCAGGCCCAGGCACUGGGCAUCACUCUCACCCCUGAGCAGGCCCAGGCACUGGGAAUCACUCUCACCCCUGAGCAGGCCCAGGCACUGGGGAUCAGUCUCACCCCUCAGCAGGCACAGGCAUUGGGGAUCAGUGUCACCCCUCAGCCGGCCCCGGCACAGGGCAAGCCCCCUACUUCUGAACAGUUCAAGGCAUUGGUAGUCACCCUCACCCCUGAGAAAUCCCAGAGUUUGGGAGUCACACUCACCCCUGAGCAAGUUCAGGCACUGGCACCUCCUCUCACUUCUGAACAGGCUCAGUCAUUGGAGGUCUCUCUCACUCCUGAGCAGGCCCAGUCACUGCAGGACCUUCUCAUUCCAGAACAGGCAGAGGCACUGGUGUUUACUCUCACUCCUGAGAAAGGUCGGACUUUGGGUAUCACAUGUGCCCAUGAACAAGCCCAGGCAGUAGAUAUUACCCUCACCCCUGAGCAGGCACGAGCAUUGAGGGUCCCUCUUAGCCUUGACCAGGCUCGGGCAGUAAAGACCCCUCUCACUUCAGGACAGGCCUGGAAACUGGGGGUCCCUAUCACUCCAGAAGUAGUUCAAGAAGUAUCAAACACUCAUAUUCUUAAGCAGAUUCAAGCAUUAGGGGUUACUCCCUCCCAUGAGAAGGCUCAGACACUGGGCACUCCUUCCACUCUGGAUGCAGCCCAGGAAUUGGGAGUCCCCACCACUCCAGAAAAUGCCUGGGUGUCAGCUGUCACUCUUACCCCUGAAGAGACCUGGGCUUUGGGGGCCCCUAUCACCUUAGAACGGGCUCAAGCACUGGGGUUUUCUCUCUCUCCAGAGCAGUACUGGGAAUCAGGAGUCCCUCUCACCUCAGAUACAGUCCAUGCCUUAGGAUCUCCCCUCACUCCUGAGCAAGUCCAACCUUUAGGAGCCCCCUUCACUCCAGGACAGGCCCAGCCCAUGGGUACAACUCUCAUGUCUGAGCAGGACCUAAAAUCAAGAGCUCCUCUCCUUAAUGAGCAGCCCUCGCAACUCUGGACUGGUCCUCCUUCAGGACAUACCCAGGAAACUGGGAUCUUUUCUAGUACUGAUAAAUCCGUCACACCAAGUGCUCUUUGCAUUUCUAAGCAGUCCCUGACAUUGGUUCCUUCCACUCUAAGACCAUUUCAAGAAUCAAAGGCUUCUCUCCCCUCUGGGAAAUCCAUUACAUCAAGACCUAGGCAGUUCCCAGCAUCAUCUGCUCCCAUUGUUGAGAAGUCCUCUAUAUUUGAGGUCCCUUCAACUCUUUUGCAGAUAUCAAAAUUUCCUCCCACCCAAGCCCUUACCCAACGCCAAGGAAUGAGGAUCCUUUCUGACUCUGGGAACCUCCUGGCACCACAGACUUUUCCUUCUUCUAGACAGAUCCAGGUUUCUAAGGAUGAAUCCACCCCUGUGCAGUUCUUAACACCAGAGGUCCCUCCCACUCCUAGGAAGCUCUCAAUACCUGGGGUCCAGCCCAGUUCAGGGCAGCUCCUUGCAUUAAAGGACCUUCUUAGCUCCAGGGAGUUCUUCACAUCUAGGGACGCUCUGAUUUCCCAGUCACCUCUGAUAAUGAAGGCCCCUUUUGUUGCCAGGCAGCCACUUAUAUCUGGAGUCCCACCUACCUCUGCACAGAUUCCCAAUCUCUCGGAUAUCUCUCCUGGGAAGCCCAUGGUUCCGGAGGCCUCUUCCACCCAUGAGGAGCUCCUGGAAUCUGGACCCUUAACCCAAUCUGAGCAGCUCCAGGCACUCCAGCCCCCUGCCACCCAUGAGCAAUAUCCCUAUCUACAAGCCCCUUAUACCCUUGGACAGCAUCUGGCACCAUGGACUCUUCCUAGGCAAGCUUCUCCACUGUGGAUCCCCCCUCCCCCUGGGCAUCCCCCAACACUAUGGGUCCCCUCAACCCCUGGAAAGCCCCAGAAAGAUCUAUCCUCUUCUGUCUCUAAGAAAAGUAAGGAAAGAUUGGCAAUUAUUUCUUCUCUGAAAUCUAAAUCAGCAUUGGCCCAUCCCAGUGCUCCAAAUGUCAAGAUGAAGCAAGCCCCUUUCAUCAUUAAGAAGCUCCAAAUAUCAGAGGUCUCUGACACUUCCGAAAAAAUGCAGAUACGCCAUGAUCCUUGUGCCAUGGAACAAUUUAGAACAUUUCAGUCUUAUCUCACCAAUUAUAGGACACCAAAAUCACAAACUUCUUACACUGGUGAGGGGGUUCUUCCCACUCUCAUGAAGCCUAUACCAUCACUACCUUCUCUUACUGCUCAACUACCCAAAACAUCACAGAUCUCACCUACUGAAUGGGACCAGAAAUCCCGAUUUCCUCCGAUAGACAAGUCCUGGAUGCUGACUUCAGUUUCAGGUACCAAGAAACCCAAGACGAUGGUGCCCUCUUCCUCUCCCCAAGAGCUCAAAGAGCAGAGGUAUUUUGUUGAUGUGGAGGCUCAGAGGAAGAACUUGAUACUCUUAAAUCAGGCCACAAAAGCUUCUGGACUCCCUUCAGAGCUACACACAACAGCUAGGGAUCUCAUAAUUGAAACACUUCACACGGACAAAGUUCGGCUGGGAUACCUAUUUCGCAAGUACAUUGCCUAUAGGCUCAUCCAGCGUGCAAGAAACAACCUAAUCAAACGAUUACAAGCCAUCCAAAACACUGGGAAAGGUUAUGAGACCCAGAACCUCUACAUAAUGCUGAGCAGAAUUGAUGACUACCAGAAAAAGGUGAUGCGGGUCUGGACCAAGAAGCAGAAGUCUCUAGAGCAGAAACGGAAUCAAUGCCUGAGGAAAAUGAUCCUCUUAUUUACCAAGCUCCAAGACGUGUAUAAAUUGAAUCUUAGUCAACCUAUCCCUUUGAUCAUCAACAAAAAGCAGAUACCUGCCUCUACCAAAUUUGUUCAACAGCCAUUCCUAGAGCUACUGAUGCAAGAGGACAGAAAGCCUGACAUAUUCAAGAAAUUUAGACAAGAAGACCAAAUGGAAGCCAUUUGGAAUGCUGAUCUGUCCACUUCAAGCUACCCAAUAACAGAGAAGACAUCAAUACAUUCUCUCUGGGCCCAGCUGGGUGGGUACCCAGAUAUUCCUAUGCUGCUCCAGUUAGAUGUUCAGGCUACCUUCAGAAAAUCUCUUGCAUUCAUUCAAUCACAGUUUAAGAAGACUCCUAAGUGACUGUAGAAUUAAACACAAGCAUGUUGAAAAUAAAUUUCAAUAUUUCAGUAAAAUGCCUAUUUGCUCUCCUUCAUGUAUAUAUAUUACUUUGUCUAUCCUUUGCUUUUUGUGUGUGUGUAUGUGAGGAAGGUUGGCCCUGAGCUAAU